AUGACAAUCUGGGAUUCUUCAAUGUGUCCUCUUCUGCGAGGUUUGCUUCCUGCCCUUCUCUGGAAAGCUGGAGGUCUCCCCUCAGCAUUUGCCCAGCCAGGAAGCUCAGCUACAGAAGAAUGCAAAAGCACAGAGAGCUCCAUCAGUUACGAAGUCCACAGCUUCGGUGCCUGGUAUAUCUGGCCUUGCCUGUCUCUCCUCCUUGCCGUGGUUCUCCUGUGCCUGGUCACCUGCUGUCUCCAAUGGUGGCUGAAAAGGCAAGGGUUCCUACCAUCUUCUCGGAAUCCCAAUGUGUUUGUUCUCAGUGAUGCCGAAUCGGUCUAUGAGAAUGAUGCAGCUGCUUGGAUGCCUCCCAAGGUUCAUCUCUGCCUCCCAGGGUGUGAGCCGAGCACUACAAAUCCCAGCUGCAACGUGGCCCCUCCGUCCUAUGUUGAGAUUAUGAAGCGAGACUCGAACCCGGGACCCGCAGCAGUGACAGCCUUGGAUUGACCUCAGUAGGAAGCCUACGUUGAAAGAAUACUCUUUGUCUCUCCUUGCCUUAUCUCCCAGGCAAGGCUUGAAUUCUUCCAAGGGAGCAAUAGCUGCCUGCUAAUAUAAU